GGCGCGGAAGUGGUGCGCGGGGCUGGGGAUGGAGGUGGUUCGCUGCGGUGAGUAUUGCGCUCCGGGGCGGUUGCGGCCCGCGGAGGGGCGGUCCCGGAGGAAGGGGCGGUUCGUGUUUAGGGCUCGGGGUCUGACGGCCUGCCCGGCCCUCGGCCCAGCGGUGGGGCGAGGCCGACGGGGCGUUGGCAGCUCCUCGGGUGGCGGCGCGGUACGGGGCGCGGGCCUGUCCUGCCGGUUGUGUGCCGCGCCUGCUGCGGAUGCUGCUGUGGUCCUGGGAGUUCUUGCCGUCAGAUUUCUUCCUACGCUCUUCGUCGUUUUCUCGUUACGCUGACUGACACCAGCGGGUUGCUGCUAUCGUGGUUGCAAGCUCUUUGGUUUCUUGUCUCCUUCCAGGCUGCUGCUUGUGCAUCGAUGGCAUUGCUGGAGCGGUCUGAAUGGAGCAGUUAGGGCCAGCAGGGAGUUGGCGGUGUGUGCUUCUGGCUUACUGCAGGACGCCGGUAGCACGGUGUCUCUGAAGUCACCUGCAACCACUGGAGCUGCGUAUGCUGCUGGAUCUGAGGAGCUCUAAGCAAUGAUGGAUAACCGUUUUGCUACAGCACUGGUAAUUGCAUGUGUUCUCAGCCUCAUCUCCACCAUAUAUAUGGCAGCUUCAUUGGGCACUGAUUUUUGGUAUGAGUAUCACACUCUGUCCCCUGCUGAGAACAUUACUGAAGCUGGCAGGAGCAUCUGGGAGGAAUUUGUCAGUGAAGAGGCAGAUGAGAAGACCUACACAGAUGCACUAUUCCGGUGCAAUGGCACAGUUGGGUUGUGGAGGAGGUGCAUCACUGUACCCAAAAACUCUCACUGGUACAGCCCACCAGAAACUGAUAUGACUACAAACUGCAUCAGUUUUUCCCUCUCUGAUCAGUUUAUGGAAAAGUAUGUAGAGCCUGGAAAUCACAACAGUGGCACCGAUUUGAAUCGGACUUAUCUCUGGCGAUUGCAGUUUCUCCUGCCAUUUGUCAGCCUUGGUCUCAUGUGCUUUGGAGCUCUGAUUGGGCUCUGUGCAUGUGCCUGUCGCAGCCUAUACCCUGCCAUUGCCACUGGAGUCCUCCAUUUUCUCGCAGGACUUUGUACACUGGGCCUGGUUGGCUGCUAUGUAGCUGGGAUUGAGCUGCUUCAUAAGAAGCUGCCCCUACCUGGUGACGUGAGGGGUGAAUUUGGCUGGUCCUUCUGCCUAGCCUGUGUCUCAGCACCUUUGCAGUUUAUGGCAGCUGCUCUUUUCAUCUGGGCAGCUCGAACCAACAGAAAGGAAUUCACUCUCUUGAAAGCAUACCGUGUAGCAUAGUAAGUGUUGCUACCCAAGUAUUAGGUUUCCAUGUAACAGACUUCCCUCAACCCUUAUUACUUUUAUUCUUCUUUUAGACAGAAAUUUGGCCUUGUACUGCUUGUUUCUUGCCAGUUGAGACAGUAUAGCCUGCAGGCCCUGAAGACAAAGACCUUUGGGCUAAAUUACCAAACUUUGCCAGAAGUCUGCAGAACUUAUAUUAAAAACCAUUUUUAGAAACUAUAUAUAUUUUAAGCUUUCUUUGGUUGAUUUUCUUUGAAUAUCCCCUUAGUUAAAUGUGUAUCUCUUCUGAAUUUUAUUACCUUGUCAGCCUGGAGGAAAUAGGGAAGGCAUUGUGAUGUGGAAGUGAGAUAAGGAAAGAUGCAGUUAGGCGAGAAUGGGAACUGGGGAGUGCAAAUAAUCACAAGUUGGGCACUCUCCAUAGGCCAUAGAGCAGACAAGAGACACGUGGAAACAGAAGAACCUGUGUUAUGGAAAUACUGUAGUUAAAUCAGUCCUGUAGCUUAGCUUUAGGUCUCUUAUUCUUGCUAGUUUGUUACUUCCUAUAGCUUCUGCAAAAACUGAUGUAGGCAGAGCAGCUAGCUCUGGGAGUGGUUGCACAGCACACUACCCUAAACAGAGAAUCUGUGCUGCUUUUGCUGUGGAAGAGAAGUUUCCCUAUAUGGAACUUUGUGCUACUCUAGAUAUGCUGCUUCCAGGUACCUGCACUACAUGUGUUUGUGCACUCUAAUCUUAACUUGUGAUUUUGCUUGCUGUGAAAUAGGGCUUUCCUCUCUCCUGUUAUACUGAAGGCAAACCUUCACAACUUUUUUCACUUUGAAUUUGAUUUAGUGUAUGUGUGUAUAUGUACAUAAUAUAAACUUUUGUAAAACUCUUAUUUUACCUAUGUAGCACACAACAGGCUCUUUUUUAAAAGGUGCUGCUCAAUUCCCACCUUGCCCCAAAUCUAUUGUUUAAGUGAAAUAAAACAGUCCUCAAA